AUGGGGCCCCCCAGCGAUGAUGCUGACCUCUACACCAAUGCAGAAGCAAUACUUCGCUUUGAAGCAUACAGCCGACUCCAAGCAGCUGCUGUUGCUUUUGGAGAAUCUCUGCCGAUACCAGAGAUCGUAGCUAUCGGAGGGCAGAGCGAUGGGAAGUCUUCACUGUUGGAAGCAUUCCUUGGAUUCAAGUUCAACGUCAGGGAGGUGGAGAUGGGCACUCGCAGGCCCCUCAUUUGCCUAAUGGUCCACGAUCCCACAGCGGAGACACCGCGCUGCAGACUUCAGGCAGAGGACUCUGAGGAAUUUGGCUCACCCAUAUACCCUGAGACUGCAGUGGCUGAGGCAAUCAGAGAGAUGACAGAGGCCCACCUGCGCCAAACAGGAGGCAUAGGAACCGUGUCAGCCAAGCCAAUCGUGCUGCGUGUUGAGUUUGCAUAUGCGCCCAAUCUGACCAUAAUCGACACACCUGGAUUCAUCCUCAAGGCGAGGCAGGGAGAGGGAGACAGCACUCCCAAUGACAUCUUGGAGAUGGUCAAGGCUCAAGCUGCUCCUCCCAACAGGUUGAUCCUCUUCCUCCAGCAGAGCAGCGUCGAGUGGUGCAGCUCCCUCUGGAUGCAUGUUGUCCAAGAGCUUGAUCCGCACUUCCAGAGAACGAUCGUGGUGGCCAGCAAGUUUGACAACCGUCUCAAGGAGUUUGCAGAGCGCUGGGAGGUGGACCGGUACCUGUCUGCUGCAGGCUACCUGAGCGCAAAUGUGAAGCCCUUCUUCGUGGCGCUGCCAAAGGAGCGCACCAUCAUCAAGAGCAGCGAGUGGAGGGAGCAGAUCCAGGCCGUGGACAGGGAUUGCCUGCAGCACCUGCGCAAGGAGAUCGCUGGCGGGUUUGACGAGGAGCGCUUUGGAUCCUGCAUCGGCUUCGGCAACCUCAAAAGGUAUUUGGAGGAAGAGUUGGCCCGGAGGUACAGGGAUGCAGCACCGGCGACACUGGCGUUGCUGCAGGAGCGCUCCAACACUCUGGCAGCCGAGCUGGCGCAGUCGGAGUCAAAGCUGCAUGACAUGCAGGACACGGCUUCCCUCAGGCGACUGGCCAUGAAGCAGGUGGGAGGCGCGGUGACGAGCUUCCAGGAGAUGCUGCUGGAGGGCGUUGCCUCACCCGAGCUCAUGCAGCACGGCCUCACACUGGAGGAGGAGCGCGCAGCCAGUGGCACCCCUCAGUGGCCGGGAGUGCAGGGCGCGGCGGACGUGGCGAACGCAGAGCUGCGGCUGCUGGGGGGAGCCUCCUUCGAGCGCAGCAUGGCCGACUUCCAGGCCGCCGUCACCCAGCUCCCCUUCCCUGGCGUGGGUCACGCGAGCGUGGCAAAUGUGCUGCUGUCGCUGAGCCUGAAGGGAGCGGGUGGCACGGCGGCGGCUGCGCGGGCGGCGCAGGAUGUGGCGCGGUCGGCGGCGCGGACGCUGCUGCUGCCGCUGCUGGACCGCCUCAUCGCGCGCCUGGCUGCCGUCCUGCUCCGCACCUGGCACAUCGCCGUCGACCACGCCGCGCCCCAAGACAGCGCGCUGCGGCCGUAUGUGGCGUUCAACGCGGAGCUGCGUGCUGCGUUCCAGGCGUUUGUGGGCGGCCUGGAGGAGCACUGCCGCGGCAUCGUGCGCCACCAGCUCGACGUGGCCACCAGCGCCUACGCUGCCAAGGCCCACUCCAUCGCCGCGCUCAGCCUCGCGGACGAUGAUGACUGCGAGGAGAACAUGCCACCUGCGCCCACCCAAGUGAACAAGACGUACAGCAGCGUGUGCGCGAUGGCGGAGCGUCACUUUAUGGCAAUCCGGCGCAGCGUGGCGGCCGAGGAGGCUCCGGCGACGCUAAAGGCCGCCUUCCUCGAGCCCAUAUCGCGCCGCCUGGCCACAGACCUGUCCAUCCACCUCUUCGCGCGCACCGACCAGCACUUCAUGACCUGGUUUGCAUCUCCUGGGGCGGUGGAGGUGCUGACUGCAAAGAGGGACGGCCUGGCACGGAGGGUAGAGGGACUGGUCAGGUGCAAGAAUGAGUUUGCAGAGCUGGCGCGCUGCUUGUAG